CGCCGCUCACCUUCCCCGCUCACCUUCCCACAAUCCCCUGUGCAUCGCUCCGCGUGCUCCCGUUAAAUGAAUGGGGGCGGAACUUAGUCUGGCGAAUUCGGAAGCGGUGUAAACCCUACCAGUACAUACCGUAGCUACUUCAUACUCUCAUUAGGCCAAACUAAGACAUGUCGAAAAGGUCUGUAGUAUGGCAGCAUUUCAUUGUAGUAAUGGAUGACGCCAAAAAAGUGGAAUGCAAACUCUGCAAACAGCGGUUUGCUUACCAUAGUUCGACAACGAAUAUGACAUAUCACUUGAAAACAGCGCAUCCCCAGUACAGCACGAGCGCCUCAGCUGCUAGCUCAGGUUUAACCCAAACCAAUUUGGACCAGAAUUCCCCAAUCUCAGAAAAAAGAAAGAGAGAGAUAACCGAUGGUAUCGUGGACUUCAUUGCCUUGGACAUGCGGCCCGUUAACCUGAUAGAGGGCGUGGGAUUUAAGGACAUGAUGAAAAUCUUGGAGCCUGGUUACACUGUUCCAAAGAGAGAGACCGUUAUGCAUGCUCUGACAGCGAAAUAUGAGAACACAAAAGAGAAGGUUUUGGAGUCUAUCAAAAACAGCCAGGCAGUAAGUUUUACAACCGACAUGUGGACCUCACUGAGAAUGGAGUCUUACAUGACCGUAACUGCCCAUUUCAUUACGGAGGCCUGGGGACUGCAGUGUCUUGUGCUGGAGACAAAGCAAAUGGAGGAGAAUCACACCGCCGCCACCAUUGCGCAGAGACUUGGCGAAGUGGCCGACAAAUACGACAUCCCAGGAUGUAAAAGGGUCGCUGUGGUACACGACAACGCCGCAAAUAUGGUUUUGUGUGCAGAUAUACUGGGGCGGGAGGAGAAAUGGGCAGGCGUUAAAGGAAUCAGAUGUGCUGGACACACCUUACAGCUGUGCAUCAACGCCACUCUCAAUCAAGACCCCAUCUGUCGCACUGUGGUUGCAGCCAGACACCUUGUGGCUCAUUUUAAGAAGCGAACAAAAGCCAGAAAGGGACUAAAGGAGAAACAAAAAGAACAAAAGGUGGUUGAACAUGUCCUGAUCCAAGACGUUUCCAUGCGGUGGAAUUCUUCUCAGACCAUGUUAGCGCGUCUGAUAGAACAGAGAUGGCCUGUAACAGCAGUGCUCUCCGACCCCAACUACACUGGGAAAAAUGAACGCAACCUUAAUCUCACCCCAGCGCAAUGGGACAUGGCAGAGGACAUUUCAAAUGUGCUGAAGCCCAUUGUCACCCUGACUGAGCUGCAGUCCGAGGAGGAAAAUGCGUCCUUAUCUGCAACCAUACCCAUGCUGGCCAACCUCAAACGCCGCCACUUGGCACUAGUGGAGGACGACAGCCCCACCACUAAGAGUCUUAAAACAAGGCUGGUGGAGGAAUCUGACAAAAGAUGGCAGGUCAAAGACCGACUUUUUGAGAGUAGUAUAUACGUCCAAGCAGCAGUCGUAGACCCCCGCUUCAAGCUGCUUUCGUUCCUUGACGACGCAAAACGGGACGUAGCCUAUAUCAACGUGUCCCAGCUGGCCGACCGGUUGAGCGCUGAGGGAGACAGCUCUACACCCACGGAUGAAGAGGUACCCGCACCAAAAAGAAAGAAAACGGACAAGGAGCGGGAGAUUGAUAUGCUAAUGUGUGGAGAUGAGGGAGAGAAGGAGUUUCAGGGGGAUAGCAAAAAAGAAGUUAAGUAUUAUCUCCAAGAUAGAACGAAAGUCGACGCUGGACCACUAGCUUGGUGGGGGAAAAAUGAGGACAGGUAUCCGAAGCUGGCCAGAGCUGCGAAAUACCUCCUCUCGAUUCCGGCGACCUCCACUCCAUCAGAACGGAUCUUUUCCAAGGCAGGGUUUAUAUUCAAUAAAACGAGGAGCUGCCUUCUGCCCGAAAAUGUUGACAAGCUGGUGUUCCUGUCGCAUAACUUGAAAAGAUUAGGGAAGUAGGCUACCAAGUCUGUGCAAGUAGGCUAGUCCGAUACAGCUGACAGAUGGAGAAGAUGAAGCUAUUAUGCUAAAUGUUUGGAAUAUCCUAUGCUUAUUUUUGUAGCCUAGGCCAAUACGAGCCAUUUUAUAUGUUCAGCAUUAUAGUUUAAGUUGAUACAAUUUGGAGCUACAACUUGCCCUUUAUUUUCUUAUUCAUGCAUUUUAGUCAUAAUUAAACAUUUACUGUUCAACUCUGUUGAUUGAAUACUAGGCCUGCUGCUCAUUAUUUUAAUUAAGCACAAUUUAAAAAUUGUUAUGACCUUAAUUGGAUAUUUCCAUAUUUGAGAGAGAGAGCCGGUGAUAAGCUUAGCUUUUGUUAACCUAGGCUACUGUAGGUAUACUUCAGAUUGUUUAAGUAUGAUAAAGACCUUAGAAAGUUGUUACCUGGUGGUGGUAAAAACAAUAACGCCCCUGUGGUGUAUAAUCAGAGGUCCAGGCAGACAAAAUAUGAAAUGUUCAUUUCUAGUGACUUGAAAAAGACAUGGGCAAAUUUACAAGGCUUUAGAUGGGCCUUGCAGAGUUGCAUGGCACAGUCCAAUCUGUUUUAGGGCCACGGCCAUUCAUACUGUACUGCACACCAGUGUGACAUAUGUUCAAUUAAACAACCAUUUUGUACUC